UCCAAGAAAACGGAUUGAUGGAUAACAACAAUGGGAGUCCUCCUCAAGGUGGAGAGCCUGCAAUGGAUGCAGGAGAUUGGAGGUGCCAAUUGCAGGUGGAUUCGCGGCAAAGAAUUGUCAUUAAGAUAAUGGAUACAUUGAAGAGGCAUCUUCCUUACUCCAGUGAAGAUGAACUCAAGAAAAUUGCUGUUACGUUUGAGGAAAAGAUUUAUGUGGCUGCCACAAGUCAGUCAGAUUAUCUACGGACAAUAUCUCUAAAGAUGCUCACUAUGGAGACCAAGUCUCAGAACAGAAUGGCCAAUUCUUUACAAUCCAACUGUGCUGGGUCUUCUGGUAUACAACUCCCAUCAGAGAACAUUCAGAAUAACAUUCCACCUGCUGGAAUUCAAAGUUCUACUGGCUUGCCAUCCGUGCUACCCCAUGACUCUGGGCCACAACAGCAAACAUUGCCCCCACAGCAUCAACAGCAACAAUUUAUAGGUCUGAUGGAUAACAACAAUGGGAUUCAUCCUCAAGGUGGAGAGCCUGCAAUGGAUGCAGGAGAUUGGAGGAGCCAAUUGCAGGUGGAUUCGCGGCAAAGAAUUGUCAAUAAGAUGGUGGAUACAUUGAAGAGGCAUCUUCCUUUCUCCGGUCAAGAGGGAUUGGAUGAACUCAAGAAAAUUGCUGUUAGAUUUGAGGAAAAGAUUUAUGUUGCUGCCACAAGUCAGUCAGAUUAUCUACGGAAAAUUUCUCUAAAGAUGCUCAAUAUGGACACCAAGUCUCAGAACACAAUGGCCAAGUCUUUACAAUCCAACUCUGCUGUAGGGUCUUCUGGUAUGCAACCCCAAGUCACCAAUCAAGGACAACUCUUAUCAGAGAACAUUCAAAGUAACAUUCCACCUCCUGGAGUUCAAAAUUCUGCUGGCUUAUCAUCUGCACUACCUCCUACCUCCGUGCCACAACAGCAAAUAUUGCCCCCACAGCAUCAACCGCAACAAUUAAUAGCAUCUUUGGAUUCCACAGCCCAGACUGGGAAUACAAAUGGAGCUGAUUGGAAAGAGGAGGUCUAUCAAAAGUAUCAAAAGAAGAUGCAGAAGUUGUAUAUAUUUCAACAUGAUGUACAACGACAGAAAGAGCAGCAGCAGCAGCUGCCUGGACAAUUGCAGCCCGAGCUACACCAAAUCAGUGUUGUUAACGACGUCAAUACAAAUGCCUUGUCAUCAUCACAGAGUGGGAUUAACAUGUUGCAGGCAAACGUUAUUCCACCCAGUAUUCUUCAGAAACCACAAGUAUAUCAGAAUGAACUCCGAAUCCAGCUACUACAUCAGCGACAGAUGCAGCUGCAGUUGAUGGAGAAGCAGCAGAGAAUUCAGCAACAGCAACAGCAGCAAGCAAAGCAGCAGGUGCCUGGACUGUCACAGGCACACCAACUACCACAGCUUCACCAAAUCAGUGUUGUUAAAGACGUUAACGUGGAUGCCUCGUCAUCACCAACUGGGAGUAGUAUGCUGCAGGCAAACAUUGAUCCCCCUCACCCAAAUUCUAUUACUGUUGAUAACAAGCAUCUGAAGCAAGAUCAGGAGCAGAAAAUGUUUCAGAAUCAACUAAAGCAACCAUAUCAGAAGCAAUGGACGCAGAAGCAGCAGAUGCUUCAAGAAAUGCAACAGCUGCAGAUACAAAAACUACAACAGCAAGCAAAGCAGCAGCUGCAUCAUAUUUAUGUUAUAUAUCUCAUCUUUCUCACCAUUCUGUUGGGUGCCGCCUUUUUCGGGACUGGCUAUUGAUGGAUUCGGGCUUUGUUCUCCCCAACCGUACUAUCCAUUUGUGCUUACCAUGGACAGCUUUUUUAGCUGAACGUAAUUGUGAUAUUUCUUUUGAUGAAAUUUUAGUGUGAAUAAACACUCUACCUCAGCAUGCCUUCAUGGUCUCUAGCUUGCUGAACCCCUCUCGGGAUUGUUCACAAGAAAAUGCUGUACACUUAUUUUAUAUAGCUCUGAAAAGGUUUCGCUUUCUGGCCAUU